UUCAUGAAGUUGAUUUGCGGUUUUAAAUUUUAAUUAAAUAUUAUGUUUUAAAAAGGAAGGUGCAGUCUGCAGACUAACAUUGCCAGAAUGUUUAGUGGAAUAAAGAAGAAAUUAUUUGAUUAUUAUGGAGUGUAGACCAUUUACUGACAUUCAACCCUCAACGACAACUUCUAACCCUGUCUCCGAAAUCGUGAAAGAGUUUGUUAAGGAAACUACUUGUCCUACAACCUCAGGCCUGCAGGAUAUCAUGUAUAAUAAUCAUGUUAAUGGUAAGGAAGUAAACCAAAGCGUUAUUCAUAGUGCCAAAAUGAGUAACACCAGUAACUCUAUCGAGUCAAUAAAUUCUAAUACAAACCGUUUUAAAGAAAGAGUGGGAGAAAAUCCUAGUAACUGUAACAUAGGUACUAGAACACCAGAAGCCUAUGACCAUGAUCAUAUCAAAAGAAAAAAAGUUGAUCUGUAUGGUCCUGAUGUUGGGCCCAAAAUAUACAAUGUUAAGGGUAACCUAGUUACUCCACCGAUUAUUGCGAAGAACCUUCCAGAUAUAUUUAAUGUUCUCCCAAUUUUUGGGAGGCCGAUGCCUAAAGAAGAUAUUGAGGGUUUCUAUUCACGAAAGAUGAGGGAAUUUAUUGGGUGUGAUUUAAAUGAUGAACAGUUUGAAAAUCUUGCUAAUGAAUGCAGUCCUGACUUGCUACAGACUGGCAAUGAGCUAAGAAUGCCAACCUCCGUACCCACACUGUACAUGUACUCAGAGGAGGAAAACAGGGAGUACAACGAGCAACCCAGUAAUCUGUGCGUUGUGAGGAAGCAACGGUUGCGUAUAGCUAGUGACUCUAAUGCCAAUUGUCAGAGGAAGCUGAAGUAUAGGGGGAUACGUCUCAUGCCACUUGCUCAGACUGAAGAUGGAGAGAAAACACCUGAACCUGACUUAGAACCUGGCAGAGACAUAAUCUAUGUUAUACGGAUAUAUAGGCCCUUCCCAUAUAAUAUUAAAGAGAGACAAGUAAGCAGUCGGCACUCGGUGUUCAGCCGCUGCGUGGUGCUGGCGGGCCGGCAGCCGCUGUCGGCGCUGCGCGACCGCGUGGUGUGCGCCAACGACGUCGGCAUGCGCGUCGACGUGUCCGCCGCGCCGCACCAGCAGCCCGCCACCUCGGCCAGGGACUUAUUCCCCUCUGGGUUCCUGUUCAUCAACAAUGUGUUUUACGUAGACAACCGGCCUGGUUGUUCUGAUCGGAGCGCCGGGCUUAGGGCCUGGGCGCGCGCCCGCGGCCUCGGGGACUUCCAAGCGAAGGAUCUUCAUUCCACCAAGCUGGACGAUUUGGUUGUGCGACUGGGACACCCUGAGGUCUAUGUCCACCAAGGUAACUGCGAACAUCUUUUUACCUUCUCCGAGAUCCGUCUACUCAACCCCGAUGACCCACUCUCACUCAAACAAUACCCCGUCCACACCGCUGUCUCUCAAAACCAAACCGUCUACUGCACAACUUGUGCUGAGUUCGGAGCCAAAUGGAUAGUAACAAACUGCUCCACUGUCCCCUUCGACCCGGCUUACUUCUGUGAUACUUGCUUUAGAUUAUUCUUGUACAAAGAUGGCAAGAAAAUUGGAGAUUUCAAGGCCUUUGCUUAUAGAGGUAAUGAGAUCAACAUGCUUAAGCCGACGGGAUGACAAAUGCCUUACUCCUUAAGUAAGGAUGUAAAACAGGGUUAGCGAUCCCCUUGCAUGUACCUAGGGGUUUUGCAGUGUAGUGUAACACUGCACACUGAUCUGAACUAAUUGAAGAAUAAAAUGUACAUAAGUACAGUAAGCGAUAUUCUUUUAUCAUAGGCCUAAUAGUCAUAAUGUCCAUUCUAAAUGGCCCGUGACCAUAUCCUCCUGAGUCCUGGACGCAUUUAUUUAAUUUUUUUAAUUUGCAACCUUUUGCUACUCUAUAAAAGUUUAAAAUAAAAUUUGGAAAACGUACAGUAAACGGACACAAAGAAUGCAAGUUGGUUUUUCGUCUUCGUAGAGCGUUGUCUCUUUCUUGCUUAUGCGACGUUAAUUGUCUCUUUCCAAAAACCGAUGUGCUUUCUUUAUGGCCGUUUACUGUACAAAAAUUUGUACACGAGGACUGAGGAUGCAGAGAAUGAUGCAGGUAUUGGUGACCAUUCACAAAACGUCCUGCAAAAAUGUCUGUAUCACAAAAUUUACUAUUGACGCCAUUUUAUUUUUUGCUGUAAAAACCGUAGGUAUUUAAAAUAUGUUCCAGUCCAUUGCAUAAACAUAAACACUUAGGAAAAAACAAAAAGUUAAUCACGGUGUAAUCCCGGUCAUUAUAAUUCUAAUAAAUAGGCUUGUCCAUGAUCUGUUUCUUUCAGUCAAGUUAUUGUUAAAUACCGAAGUUGUAACCAAAAUAGUUGAUGUUGAUUGUCGUAAUAAAGAAUAUCCAAUA